UCGCCCGAGGAGCUGGUUUCUGGUCGAGCCCGCUCUCCUUCUGCGGCAAAUCCAGACAUCCCUCUCGCACAGGACAAGGAAAAACCAUCUUCCCAGAUUCCCGGCUACCAACUUGGUCAAUUCCAGAUCCAGCUGUCUGGGCAAAGCUCUUCCAAAACCACUUCCAGUUCUCGGGAAAACCUCAAUGAACACCUUAAUGACCCCCAAGAUAGCCGACGAUCUUCUAAACCAGGGAAUUUGGAUCUAUCUAAUAGUAAUGGGGUGAUAGAUGUUGCGCGAUUUCCUUUUGAUUCUUACACAGGAGUAAAUCUUCAGCAGCUGUAUCCGCAGAUGCCCACGUCGGACAUUCGGGCAACACUCUCAGGUGACCAAGGAGCUCGAUUAAACCAUCAGUUUCAACCUGAAGUACCAGGUUCUAAUAUCAAUAUGGGUAUGAUGGUUGCACAUAACCAACAGCUACAGUUGGGGUUCCCACAGCCCUACUUGGAUCCCGCAAUGGCCUCAACGAUCAACUGGCUUUCGAACGAUUUGUUGCUUGAUACGCCCGGUGACCACCCUACUGCAGACCGUCAUCCCCCGCAUUCUUCGCAAGGAGGGACUAUCGACAGCUCCCUGGGCCAGGCAUCAUGGCUUCCCCCAGUUAUCAGUGCGGACCAAACUAGUCCAUCUUUACCAGACCCCAGACACUUUCCCCGCGAUGCUGCUCAAUCAUCGACGCCCCAAUCAAGGCCUUGCAACGCCUCCCAACGGUCAGCAGAUUCGUACAUAGACGGAGGUGGCGCUCGGCUUCCGAAAUACAGGCGGAAGCAAGAUCCUGGACUAAGGCCUGCAAGUCUAAUAGAUAUCCGGUCUCAGUUACAUCAAACAGGCGGCCAGUAUAAAUUCUCGUUCCCUACCAUCCAGGAACUUAGGGAGGAAACUUCAUCUGAGGAAGUAGCCUUCAAUUUUCAGAUCGAACCUGCAAUGUACGACAACAUCUACCAGAGUUUUAUCCAGCUGUGUUGCACCGAGAAUUUUCUCUAUCCCAAAUUUGAAAACAACGUCUUUCCGCCUCGAGAAGCCCUGUCGCAGUUUAUCGAACUUUACUUUGACUCUUUUCAGACAGUAUACCCAAUCUUACAUGGCCCUACUUUCAACCCGAAUGCAUGUCAUUGGCUAUUGACAAUGGCUGUGUCAGCAAUAGGCAGCUAUGCUGCCGGUAUUGAUGAACAAGAUAAUUGUUCUGCAGCGUUUCACGAGUUUCUCCGGCGAGCUAUACACAUUGAGAAAGAGAAGUGCCGACUAGGACGAACACCUCUCUGGCUUAUGCAGACAAUAAUGCUAAAUUGUGUCGGAUUGCUUCACGGAAGCAAUGAGCACAGUAGAGAUUUUGCGUUGGAUAGUAUUGGUGAGCUAGUAAAUAUUUCGACGCGUGAGGGGUUGUUAUGUGCUUUCACCCAGUCAAGGCUUCCACCAAUGGACACUUCGCAGGACGCUCGUUGGGCUACAUGGGUUGAGGAUGAAACAAGGAAAAGAACAGGCUACUUCAUAUGGCUUUUGGACUGUAUGCUUGCAUACCACUUCGAAGGUCGGUUAUUGCUCUCCCUUGACGAUGGUCAAGCUCCACUACCAUCAGACGAAAGCCUCUGGCGAGCAAGCUCCGCUGAUGCCUGGAGACGACUUUACGACAAAACUACAGGCCGAGAGGAGGUUUCUCUUUACAACGCCGUGCUCACGCUGUAUAUUGAGAAGAAGCUUGUUGCUAAUAUAGGAGAAUUCGGUCACAUCUUGUUAGUCCACGCGCUUUACCAUCGCAUGUGGGAGGUGGGUGAUUAUUUUCGCCGGCCUUUGUCGUUCUGGAAUCCAACUGCCAAGAAGCAGCCUAUGGAGGCUGCGAUUCCCUCAGGAUCUGUUUGGCUACCGGGUAUACCUUCGUAUUCGAGGUGGCGUAAUAGCGCAUGUGAUUGCCUGGAUAUCCUCCAUUGGGCGGCAAAUAGCACGAUAGCUAAGGCAUCUGGCCUCGAACACCCGACCGUCCUACAUCUUCACGAAGCUCGGAUUAUAUUACUCGUACCUUUUCGUGAGGUUAAGACCUUGGCAACAUCACUAGCAACGGAAAAGGUUCGAUGGAGCGCGCGCCAGCAGACGAUUGAGUGGCAUUAUAUACUUCGUUGGAUCAAACACGAUCAGUAUAAGGCUCGGCUCGCAGUUAUACACGCAGGCGCGUCUUUGUGGCAUGUGCGAAGAUAUUCGACCGAUGCAUUCCAUGAGCCGGUAGCUGUAUUUCUUGCAAUACUUACUCUAUGGGCUUAUGGCAUGUGUCAUUCACAGGUGUUUCCAGAUACUAGGUCCCGCGGUGGGCCAGAUGAGAACCUGCCCAGCGAGCCCACGUUCUUCCAUAUUGACCGUCCUUGUGACGAUGAGCUGGUUCAGAUCUUUGUUCGAGGAGGGCAGGGGAUGAAGGGUAAUAUGACUGGCGUCGGGGAUAUAUGUGCCCCCGAAGGCCCUAGACGGAUUCUCCAAGUUGGCUGUGAGACACUUGCUGGUCUUGCUUCCUGGGGAAUAUCUAAGAGAUUUAUUGCAAUCCUGACAAGGCUUGGGGAUUUGAUGACGUGCGACAAAUAGCCUUGAUGUACAGCUAUAAUGUCUUUCUUUCUCAUCUUAUCUUCUUUGACAACCCCUUCUUUAUUAAGUUGCCCUAGUGCUCAAUACCCUAUCAUAGCUUAGAUUAUGUUAAAGAGAAAUAGAUUUUGA